AUGGAUAAUGACAAUGGCGAUGUGGAUGACCUGGGAUCAGGGUGGUUUGAAGUGAAAAAGAAGCAUCGGUCCAGCUCAAAAUACACAUUGCAGAGGUCUUCAGGUGGUUCCAGCCUUAAAAUUCCAAACUUACCAUCACGGUCACGUGCUAACUGUAACAGUGACAGUUCAAGGUGGCAUGACAAGCUGCAACACCCACCUCCGAGCAUAAAUGCUAAUGUUGGUGUUGAUGAAUCUGGUAGUGGAGAAACAACAAAUGUUGGUGAAGGAUGCAAUGAUUUAGGCACCAGUGUCAGUGGCCUGAAUAGUGGCUUAAAUGCUUCAGCCUCAGAGGAUAUAGUUGAAAGACCUGAAGAACUGGUGGUGGCUGAAGAAACAAGUGAACCUCCCAAAACUGAUCUGGCUGAUCAUGUAGAUCCUUCACUGCCUCAUGAACCCACCACCGGUUCAGACAGUCCUGCAAAACGUGCAGAUCUUUCUCAGCAUGUAAAAUGUUAUCCCAAGACAGAGUCAGUAGGUGUUUUGUCCAAUACUCCUGUCAAGUUUGGAGACUUUGAUGAAGUUCCAGGUCUAUCAUUACCUUCAGAUUCAUUCAGAGAUAAUAAUUCUUCUAGAGGCCACAGACAUAGUGAAGAUGUUGCACAUCUAAAAAAUGUGCAAAAAGAUGCAAGUGAACUCAAAGUGGAGAUGGACACUUGCACUACAACUACGAUUGAUGAGGCAUCUCCAAUUAUGGUACAGGGAACAGAGACACCCAAUGAUGAUAAGAGUAUUUCAAAUGUUAAUGGUUCAAUAGCCUCAGCUGACUCUGUUUCCUUAUCCUGCUCCAAUAAUGAUCAUGAAGUUCCAGUUACAUCUUCCAUGGAAGGUAGAACAUUACUUCAUGACCAAGCACCAGUUUCUGCUUCUGCAGAUUUUGGAUCUGAAAGUGCUGAGAGCAAAGAAAGAUUCAGGCAGAGGCUAUGGUGUUUUCUUUUUGAGAAUCUGAAUAGGGCUGUUGAUGAACUUUACCUCCUCUGUGAACUAGAAUGUGACAUGGAACAGAUUAAUGAAUCCAUACUUGUCCUUGAAGAAGCUAUUUCCGAUUUUCAAGAACUUAAAUCCAGAGCAGAGCAUUUUGAUAAUACCAAAAAUUCUCCUGGUGUACCAAAGGAGGGCAUGCCAAUGGCUGUGAAAGCUGACCAUAGGAGACCUCAUGCCUUGUCUUGGGAGGUCAGAAGGAUGACAAGUUCUCCACACAGGCAAGAAAUACUGUCUUCAUCUCUAGAGGCCUUCCAGAGAAUCCAAUUGGAACUGGCAUGCAAGCAGGCUGGUAUAACAGCAGAGAGAUUUACAUCCAGCUCUUCUGAAGAAGUUUUGGGUAGCUCGUCAAAGCUGACUACAGCAUCAGCAACUGUUAGGAAUAUAAGUUUGAAAGUUGAGAGUCAGGUGAAACUUCCUGAUACUAGUGAGAAAAAGAUUGCUGGCGAGAAGCAAAGUAGGGAUGCAUUCAAGUCUGGUAAAUCGUAUCCACAAAGUAUGCCUUCCUAUUCUGCAAGGGGUAGAAGAGGGUCACUAGAACCAAUCUCUGAAAUAGAGAAACACACCUUUAAGAAGGACAGGGAGUUGCCAGAAAACAAAUUUGACAGGCUCAAGUCAACCGAUGUUGUUAAAAAGAGUACAGUUCAUCUUGAAAAGGAAAAACAAAUUACAGCACCUUGGAAGUCCAUGGAUGCCUGGAAGGAGAAAAGAAACUGGGAAGAUAUACUGAAAUCUCCUGUACGGAGUUCUCGUGUUUCUCAUUCUCCUGGUGUUGGAAGAAAAGUUACAGACCGUGCUCGUGUUCUACAUGACAAGAGUCAACUAGAGAGCGAGAGGGUUCAGAGGCUACAGCGUACCUCUGAAAAGUUGCAUCGUGUCAAUGAGUGGCAGGCUGUGCGCAGCUCAAAACUGCGAGAAGUAAUGAAUGCACGCCAUCAACGUGGCGAAUCUCGCCAUCCUGAAGCAUAUCUUGCUCAGGUUGCAAAAAGAGCUGGUGAUGAGAGUACUAAGGUCAAUGAGGUCCGUUUUAUUACAUCACUGAAUGAAGAAAACAAGAAAUUCUUGCUGAGGCAGAAACUUCAUGAUUCUGAAAUGCGGAGAGCUGAAAAGCUACAGGUGAUCAAAACAAAGCAAAAGGAGGACACUGCAAGGGAAGAAGCUGUUUUGGAACGAAGAAAGUUCCUGGAAGCUGAGAAGAUGCAGCGCCUUGCUGAAAUACAGCGCAAGAAAGAAGAAGCUAUUUUCAGAAGAGAAGAGGAGCGCAAAGCAUCCAGUGCUGCACGAGAAGCAAGGGCUGCAGAACAACAACGUCGAAAAGAGAUAAGAGCAAAAGCGCAACAAGAGGAAGCUGAACUUUUAGCCCAAAAGUUAGCGGAAAAGCUUCGUGAAAGUGAGCAGCGGCGCAAGUAUUACCUAGAACAAAUACGGGAGCGAGCCUCAAUGGAUCUUAGGGAUCAGCCUUCACCUUUUCAGCGUCGCUUUCCAAGUAAAGAUGGCCAAAACCGUUCUAGUUCUGCUAACAGCGGAGAAGAUUCACAUAUAACUGGCAAUUCCAGUGCUGCAGAUUCUAUGGCUAAGUCAUCAAAUAAUGUGCAGACAAAACGAAGGAUUAAAAAGAUUCGCCAGAGAUUAAUGGCUCUAAAGCAUGAAUUUAUUGAACCAUCCAUAGGUGAAAGUACAGGAAUCACGCACAGGGCUGCUCUUGGAGCUGCCAAAGCUAAGUUAAGUAGAUGGCUUCAAGACCUUCAGAGACUUCGCCAAGCUAGAAAAGAAGGUGCUGCCAGUAUUGGUUUGAUUGUCAGUGACAUAACAAAGUAUUUAGAAGGGAAGGAUCUUGAGCUGCAUGCAUCAAGACAAGUUGGUUUGCUUGACUUCAUUAAAUCAAGAUUACCUGCAUCACAUACUUCAAAGCCUGGAGCUUGUGAAGUCACUGUCUACCUUUUGCGCCUGUUGAGAGUGUUGCUCUCACUUCCAGCUAAUCGAACUUAUUUUCUAGUACAAAAUCUUUUACCCCCAAUUAUUCCCAUGCUAUCAGCAUCACUGGAGAAUUAUAUUAAGGUGGCAGCAUCCAACUCUGGAAGUUCAAAUCUUCUGUCUAAUAAAACAUCAAUUGAGAAUACAGAGUCAUCAGGUGAAGUGUUAGAUGGAUUUUUAUGGACUGUGACCAUGAUCGUUGGCCAUGUACACAUCAAUGAUGAACAACUUCAAAUGCAGGGAGGUUUGAUAGAACUGAUUGUAGCUUAUCAAAUAAUACAUCGUCUGAGAGAUCUGUUUGCCCUUUAUGAUAGGCCACAGGUGGAAGGAUCCCCACUCCCAUCAUCUAUACUGUUUGGUCUCAACCUUUUGUCUGUCUUAACAUCGAAACCCGGAAAUUUCUCUACUAUUGAUUGGGAGUCCUGCAAAUGCAGGACACUAGGUGGAAAUAUAGUGCAAGAAUAUGAAUAUCUUAGUUCACAGGACAGUGUGGGGUGCCAAUCAAUGACACUUGAUCAAUCUGGUGAUGCCAAAUCGCCAACCAUAUACAGUGAACUGGCUGAAGAUAGCAAAUCCUGUAGACAACAUGACUUCAGCAUUCCAGUGGACAGAAAAUUGGUUGAUGAAGCUAGUAAAGACUUAUUAGUGAUCUCUGCUGGCCUGAACAACUCAGCAAUGCAACCGUCUGAUUUGGGCGUUACUACAGAGAAGCAUUCUGAAAGUCCUAGCCAGGGAGAUGAAAAUAGCACAGUGGACAGUUUUCUUGAAGGAAGAAAGGUGAAUAAUGUAUGUGCAUUGUAUAAUAGUCCUGGAAAAGGCAAUGAAACGAAUCUUAAGCAGCCUGUAAUGCUCUUACUUUCUGCACUGGCUGAGACUGGCCUUGUUAGUCUACCAUCACUUUUGACUGCUGUGUUGCUCCAGGCAAACAACAACAGGUCAUCAUCGGAACAGACAUUGGCGAUUCUUCCGUCAAAUUUUGAAGAAGUAGCCACUGGCGUAUUGAAAGUUUUGAAUAAUGUGGCGCGUUUGGAUAUAACCCUUUUGCAGCACAUGCUGGCUAGAUCAGAUCUAAAGAUGGAGUUCUUCCAUUUAAUCAGCUUCCUUCUGAGUCAUUGCAUGAACAAAUGGAGAGUGCCUAACGAUCAGGUUGGUUUGCUGCUUCUAGAGUCACUGCUACUUCUUGGUUACUUUUCUUUGUUCCAUGCUGGGAACCAAGCUGUUCUUCGGUGGGGAAAGAGUCCCACCAUACUUCACAAGGUGUGCGACCUGCCAUUUGUUUUCUUCAGCGACCCCGAGUUGAUGCCCAUCUUGGCUGCUGCUCUGAUCGCCGUUUGCUAUGGUUGCGAUCAGAACCGAAGUGUUGUACAGCAGGAAAUAAGCACGGAUAUGCUACGUUGCUUGCUCAAGUCCUGCCAAACUUCUGGAUCAAAUUCUCCAGAUUCCACUGCUGUGGAUGGUUCUGGAAACAAUUCCAAUGAAAGCAUUCUGGAGAUCAGGAACUCACAAGGUGACAUCCCAACAAGGUCAAGCCGCAAAAUUGGACGGCCAGUUGUUGGGAAGGGUAUUUCAGGGGGCAUCAGGUUCAACAGAAAUAAGGUUCAAAAGGAUGGUAGGGGAACAAGAGCAGUUGACGAUGGGCCUCUGAAGCAAAGAGCUCAAGAAGCUUCAUCGAGCUUCAUGUUGCAUAGAAAGAUCCCAGCUUCUUUCUUGGACAGAGCCGAGUUCUUCUUCUGCAGUGAGACAUGA